ACUGUCAUGAUAGAGAUCAUACACAUGCAUAUCGUAUGCGGCGAAUACCAUCCGGCCGAUCUUUGCAUUGCACUUACACACAUUACAGGUGCAUGCUGAUUCCGAAACCCAACCGGUGAUACGGGCGUCGGACUCGGAGCCUAAAAAAGAUAAUAAAAAUCAUCGUCAGGAAACAAUAUAGGAUUCGAGAUUCACUCAGUGUCCUUGACCCAAUCUGAGAGAAACUAGCCAUUAUGCCUACUCCUCCGGAUGAAGCUGGCGAUGCCCAGAUGGGUGAAGUUGCCAUGGAAACCAAUACUGAUCCUCCGCCCUCAGAGACUGAAUCAGGAGCUGAUAAAAAUCAAGAUGAGGAGCAAACAGAGGACCAUACCCACCAAUCCUCUGUUGCUGUUCCUACCUCAGAACCUCUUGAUCCCCAACAACCUAUCUCACUGCACCCCUCUUGCACCCCUAGUGACCAAACAAUACCUUUAGAGGGUGAGGCGCAAAUGCCUUCUGAGCAGCACCCCUCACUUGUUACACACAUACCACAUGAUCAACAACAAUCUGAAGAGACAGCUCCUAAAGAGUCUGAUGAAAUUGCUAUUGAUUCAUCAGUUCUAGCCCAAGUAGAAACAGAAUUACAAGACAUUGCCAAACCAGCAGAGUCUGAACAUGAUGUUCAUGUUAAAACAGAAGAAAUGCUUGUAGAAAUCAAAGCAGAAACACAAGAUGAAAAUACCUGUGACUUUGAAAAUAUGCAAACAAGAGAAGUAAAUGCCUCAGACUCUGCACAAUCUGGCAGUUCAUCCACAAGGGCACGCACUAAGAGAUCUGCGUCUAUAGAAAUGUUUGGCUCUUUCUUCCCUGAGCAGAAUGUAGAAGUGGGUUCUAAGACCAGAAACAGAGGGAUGUAUGUUCCUGGGGCAAGGGUGAAAAGGUCAGGAUCAGUAGAAAUGUUUGGCUCUUUCUAUCCAGCUCACAAGACUGGAGCUGAUUCAGUUUCUGGAAAUAGUGGAAAUCUGCAACACGUUUCUGUUCCAGGAGCAAGGGUAAAAAGGUCAGGAUCAGUAGAAAUGUUUGGUUUCUCUUAUCCAGAAAAGAAAAAAGAGGAAAAUGCAGAAGACGAUUUUUCAGAUACUGACAGUGUGAAGAGUGGUAAUAUACGCAGAUUCUCUAUACCCCAAGCACGCACUACAAGGUCAGGAUCAGUAGAAAUGUUUGGGUUUUCUUACCCUGAAAACAAAAAUGGGGAUGAUUCAAAUGUGAGUGAAAGUGGCAAUUUGCCAAGGUUUUCUAUUCCUCAGGCAAGGGUUAAAAGGUCUGGCUCUGUAGAGAUGUUUGGGUCCUUCUAUCCAGUUGGCAAAGAACCCAGGGAGAGAUCGGACAGUGAUACUAGUCAAAAGAGUGAUCAGCUUGAACCAAAGUGUAUUCCUUAUGCACGAGUUAAACGGUCUGGGUCUGUCGAAAUGUUUGGGUCCUUUUACCCAAGCGACAAGGCAGGAAGAAGCACAGAGGUUGUUGAGGAUGUUGAAGAGAAAAAUGGAUGUCAAUCCUCUCGUGAGAAACCUGCUAACAUGAACCAAGUUAGUGCUUCAUCAUUGCAUGCAAUAGUGGAAGCUGAUGAUGAUCUUGCAGGAGUACAAGAUGGAACAGAUACAGGAGGCAGAACUAGACUGCAACCUAUGCAUGUUCCGAGAGCAAGGGUAAAGAGGUCAGGUUCAAUAGAAAUGUUUGGCUCGUUUUACCCUCCUCAAAAGGCUGGAGCAGAUUCAAGGUCUGGGACAAGCGGGAAGCUCUGUCCCAUUUCUGUACCUGGGGCACGGGUAAAGAGGUCAGGGUCUGUUGAAAUGUUUGGUUUCACUUACCCUGAAAAGAAGCAAGAUGAAGGUAUUGAGGAUGAUUCUCCGGAACGUGAUGCUCGUAAUCGUGUGGUGCGACGAUUUUCUAUUCCUCAGGCACGUACCACAAGAUCUGGCUCAGUAGAGAUGUUUGGAUUCUCUUACCCUGAAAAGAAAAAUGAAGGUGAUACAGAUGAUGACAUCCCUGAUAAUGCAGCUGAAAGGAGAAGUGAAGUCCGAAGAUUCUCUAUCCCCCAAGCACGUACUACCAGGUCUGGUUCAGUAGAAAUGUUUGGAUUCUCUUACCCUGAAAAGAAAAAUGAAGGUGAUACAGAUGAUGACAUCUCUGAUAAUGCAGCUGAAAGGAGAAGUGAAGUCCGAAGAUUCUCUAUCCCCCAAGCACGUACUACCAGGUCUGGUUCAGUAGAAAUGUUUGGAUUCUCUUACCCUGAAAAGAAAAAUGAAGGUGAUACAGAUGAUGACAUCUCUGAUAAUGCAGCUGAAAGGAGAAGUGAAGUCCGAAGAUUCUCUAUCCCCCAAGCACGUACUACCAGGUCUGGUUCAGUAGAAAUGUUUGGAUUCUCUUACCAAAAGAAGAAAUCAGAUGCAAGCUCUGGUGGGAGAGAUCGCUCAGACAGUGAAGGUAGCAGUGACUCUAUGCAACGGUUUUAUAUGCCCCAAGCACGUACCAAAAGGUCUGGGUCGGUAGAAAUGUUUGGAUUCUUAUAUCCUGAAAACAAAAUUGCAGGAGGCUCGAACAGAGGCCGUCUACGACCAAAGUUUGUUCCGAGAGCUCGAGUCAAAAGGUCUGGGUCAGUUGAAAUGUUUGGAUUCUGCUAUCCACCGAACGAAACCCAGGGAGGUUCAGAAGAUAUUUCUGAUGGUGAUAAUCAAAGUAAUGUCCGACGCUUUUCAAUCCCUCAAGCACGUACCACAAGAUCAGGGUCAGUUGAAAUGUUUGGAUUCUCCUACCCUGAGAAGAAAAACGAUGAAGAUCAACAGGAUGAUGAUGAAGUUUCUGAUAAUAUCAGGCGAACGAGUGGGGAAAUGCGAAGAUUUUCUAUACCCCAUGCACGCACUUCAAGGUCAGGGUCGGUGGAAAUGUUUGGAUUUUGUUAUCCUGAAAAAAAAGAUGGUUCAGAGAAUGAACAGGGUAGUAAUUUGCGACGAUUUUCUAUCCCCCAAGCAAGGGUAAAAAGAUCCGGGUCCGUAGAGAUGUUUGGUUUCUCUUAUCCUGAAAAUAAAAAUGGGGCAGGUUCAAGUGAUACAGGAAGUGGCAAUCUGCCAAGGUUUUCCAUUCCCCAUGCAAGGGUUAAAAGAUCUGGGUCUGUUGAAAUGUUUGGGUCCUUCUAUCCAGCCGCUAAAGAAUCCAGGGAGAGAUCAGACAGCGACGAUAGUCAAAAGAGCACUGGCCGUGAUCGAAGAUCUCUUCCCUUUGCCCGUGUCAAAAGGUCUGGAUCUGUAGAGAUGUUUGGGUCCUUCUACCCAUCUUACAACAGUGGAAGAAGCAGAUCGGAUAGUGAGGGUAGUGAUCAGGAUGUUCUUCAAAGUUCCUCUGUGCAACCUGAUGUCUCAAUCACAAAUGACUCUUCAGUGUCUUUGCUUCCCAUUGGUGAGGCCAAUGAUGAACAUGCAGAGGAAGAGGAGAUCCCACCUGCUUCCCCACAGCCAACUCCUGAUAAUUCUAAUGAAGCAAAUGCAGAAGACUUUAUAGAUGAUUCCAUUGCUAGACAACGUACUGUACGAUCAGGGUCUGUAGAUAUGUUUGGAUUCAUUUAUCCCGAGGAUCAAAAUGUUAGUGAAAUUCAAAGAAGGCCAUCGCAGCCAAUUGUUGUUCCACAGGCUAGGGUUAAAAGGUCUGGAUCAGGAGAAAUGUUUGGCUUUUCAUAUCCCGAAUACAAGAAUGGUGAAGCUUCAGACACUGCUGCUGGUGGAGAUAAUCAAUUAAAACAAGUCCCAAUGGCAAAGGUUAAGAGAUCUGGAUCAGUAGAAAUGUUUGGGUUCUCAUAUCCAGCAAGAAAAUGUGCUGAAGAUCCCGAAGAUAGCGAAAACUCUGAUAGUUUCGGUCAAAAGAAUAGCCAAGUUAGAAGGUUUUCUAUCCCUCAAGGACGUUCUAAAAGGUCUGGAUCUGUAGAAAUGUUUGGCUUCUCCUUCCCUGAAAAGAAAAGUGAGGAAAACCCAGAAAGUGAGCCUCAAUUGGAAAGUGAAGGUCACAAUCACAGUCAGGUCCGCCGCUUUUCUAUUCCGCAAGCACGUACGACUAGGUCGGGGUCGAUUGAAAUGUUUGGAUUCACCUUCCCAGAAAGCAAAACCAGUGACGAAGGACAAAGGGUCCACCGUCAAGUCAAGUCUCCUUGGUUUAGAGUAAAACGGUCAGGGUCAGUAGAAUUGUUUAGUGGUUCAUUUACAGCGCACAAGACGAUUGGGCUGUCAAACAACGCAGACAAUGCAGAUCAAAAUACUGAUCAUCAAAACGUCUAUGUUGAGCCUGACGAUACCAUUGCAGAAGAUGAAGCAGAGCAUGCGGAAGAAGAGCCACUAGUUUGUCCUAGAAAUUCAACUGGGCUCGCUGCUGAAACAUUGUCCCACCUUGCCACCAUGGCAAAUUUAUCCUCAGAAUUUGAGUCAACUCCUGAAACUGACCUGCAAACCACCCAAGUCCUCGAACACUCCGACCCACAAACAGACAAUACACAACAAGCAGCAAAAGAACACACAGAGUCCACAGAUUCUCAAAACGUUACACCAGCUCCUAGCAGAGUUUCUGAGUCAAUCAGCAGUGCUGAUUUUGUCAUGAUCCAACAUGAUGAUUUCUGGGAAGAAGUGAAAAGAGAUUUACCCAAGGAUGAUGAGGGUAAAGAGAAAGAUUUGGAGAAGGUCAGAGAGGGGAAAGAUGUGGGAAAAGCUGUAUCACAUAGUGAGCUUCCAGGAAAUCAAGAAAGUGAUGGAAAUGCUAAUGGAGCUAAUAGUAAUCACGCUGUAACUGAGGAAACGACAGAACCUGUGGUCAAAAUUGAUGUUCCAACGGUAUCGGUCACGGUCCAAAUCAGAGAUCCCAAAGAUGGAACAGCUGUUGACGGACAAGCCGCUUCAAAUGCAGCAGAAGCGGAAGAUCAGGUUUCUGAUCUCCCGCCCUCUGCUGUGCAGAGACGGGUCAAGGGUGAAGCAAGUGCUGACGAGAGCAAACGGCGAUCGCUGAUGCUGUGGGUGGAUCCAGAUCUGGUGCAGACGGUUCGACCCGACCAGAGUACAAAGAGUCCACAGCAUUCGCCGGAAGACAUCCCUUCGGAUCUGAAGAGGCUGAAGAAGGUUAUACGGAAGGAGCGAUGGGCAAGCGAAACCGAACAUGAGGUUCGCAAGGAGAUGUGGAAGAAUCUUUGUCUCCAGAACAGCUCAGGUGCAUCUGUAUCCCAUGUCUACCAGGAAGUCGAAGAGGGACUCUUUGGGAAAGGACAAGACUCAAUUGAGCCAUCAUCCAUCACCUUACCCAGCUUUGUGGACCCCGACCACUCUGCCGCCUCCUACGCCCUCAAGUCGGAGGGUCAAGCCCGCCUCAACCGCCUCCUCUGCGUACUCGCCGACACAAGACCCGACAUCCUCUUCUGUCCUCUGCUGGCGCCCUUGGCAGGCAUGCUGCUGCAUUACAUGAGUCCGGACGAGGCCUUUGACAGUCUCUCGGCGAUACUAGGAAGCACCCGCUACAAGUUCUUAGAGGUGUCCUGGGUGGAACACGAAUCCUUCAGGAUCAGUUUUGAGAAGCUGGCUGCAAGGUUUGCGGUAUAA